AAGGACUUUACACCACUGACGUAGUGUCAUGGGAAUCGUUGUACCCGUACAUGUAUUUAACUCUCAAAUGGAAAUAUACAUUCCCAUGUGCAAAUGCACAGUACUGAAUCAUUAUACUACGAUGUAUUGAUUCAGUAGUCCUAAAAUGGCUUAGAUUUUCGUGACAGAACGUUAAAAACGAAUUAAAUGUUCCUAGCAUGUUUCCACCGGAAUUAUUUAAGUGACGGACAGAGGCUUGCCUUUUUACAAAAUGACAGCUGAGAAAGAAAACACGAGUUUGAAUGUCACUACUGCAAUUGUGACAGAUAACGACGACAAACUACAGCAAAUGAAAGGUGCAGCUUUCCUGACGACUGUCGCAUCUGCUGGGAUGAUAGCAGGAUUCGGCUCCACGUUAGCCUUGGCCAAGAAAAAGAGUCCAGGCUGGUUUAGCAAGGGAACAAUGGCCACUGCUGCAGUACCGGAGACUGGGGCGUCCCUGGCUCUCCGUGCCCUGGGGUGGGGCUCUCUCUGCGCCUGGUGUGGAAUGGGCCUGCUCAGUGUCUCAGUCUGGAAAGCCAUGGGGGUCCAUAGUCUAACAGAGUUCAGGCAGAAGAUGCAGUCUGUUUUCCCAGCUAUUCCCAAAAAUGAGGAAGGACCGGCCAACUCGGAGGAAUGGGACUCCAUCUUCAAGUCUAAAGAGGACAACGGAUCUAGCUGACAUUCUCCCUGUCUGGUUCAGGGCAGCCUUAAUAAACCACUGAUUUAAACAAUUACUGUGGCAUGGGCUGAGAAGGAAAGGAACUUGGCAUCCACUAGCUGUACUUGCAGGUUACUGGGCUCAUUCACCGAUGCUCAUCUGAAGUCCAUGCAGAGUACUCCUUGUGUGGAAGAGAAAUCAUAAACUAAACUAAUGGAUUGAGGCUUCAUGGUUAAUCUUAAUUUCUGAUCUGAGGCUUAAUAUUUAAAAGCACAGGACUGUCUUGUACUAGUAUAGGAGUUAGGCUUAGUGCCAGUCUGUGUGCUCUUGCCAACUCCAUUGCUCGUUGUCAAGCCAAUGAGUGACAACUUAACAUGAUAGCACAAACAGACUAGCACAGUAUUCCUAGGCAGCAACUGCUUUCUAAUAUUGUAAUCUCUGGCUGUUUGGAUUUCUUCAUAGGCCAUCAUGAUAUAAUUGACACUUCUAUUUUUGUUCUAUGAAACUAAAAAAGCUAAAUGUGUUUACAGUGAAGGCUGGCCAGCUGAAUGUGAGGCACCUGUCUGGUUUCACUUAAAACAGACCCAUCAUCCAAUGUAACACCUAUUUAAGUGUUUGCCGUCAGCUAUUCCCAUGAAAGACAAGUAUCAAAGCGAGAACAGACCUGAACUAUUUUAAACUGUCCUGGCUAGCCGUAGAAAUACGUGUGCGUCAUCCUAAAUGUGCUUGUGACUGCCGCCCCCGAUGUUGUCAUGCAAACAUUUGAUGCCACAGCUGUGACGUGGAGCACAGCUGAACUGACACUUCUCUGUAUGUGAUCUGUCGUGCAUAUGAUCAAUAAACCUCUGUACUUAUCUACAGUC